CGUGGUUGAGAAGAGAUAGAUAAAAGAGUCGUUGACGUCCGGUCUUUCUUCCGCACCCUUUUUCUUUGGGUUGCUGCGUCUGAAUUCGGACGAUCACUUUUCCUUGACAACUACAACUUUUUACUUUUUAUUAUCAGACUAUCGAAUAGACCAAGCCUCGAUCAUUUCCUCUCAAAUUAUACACACUUACAACUAUCCUAUACAACUCAACGUCAUCGCCGGCUCGAACACACAUUUCACUACGGCGGGAACAAGUUACAAGGUUUACACUACGAACACGAAGAUACGAAGCGUUGGAAUUAGACAACAUGAAGUUCUCUGCUGUUGCCGUCGUCGCCGCCGCGGUUGCGGGCGUUGGUGCCGUGCCCGUUGAGUCUGGCCCCAUCGCAAGCCUCCAAGCCCGCGCCUCAGACGCAAUCGGCGGCGUCGUAAGCUUCAUCAAGCGCGAAGACGCCGGAAAACCAGUCGUCCCGCAAAUCAAGCGCUCCCCGAUCCGCUUCCACUCCGGACUCGCCCACGAGGAAGCCAUGGCCGCCGUCGCCCGACGCGCCGAUAAGCCUGGCAAGAAAGACCCGCCUCCGCCCCUGAACCCGUUCGGCACCGACUCGAGGAAGCGCGAGGCGCUGAUCGAGGCGCGCAAGAAGAAGGGGGGUGAAGAGGAGGUCCCGCCGCUGGCGCCGUUCUCGACAAAGAUUCUUCCAAGAGUUCAAGACUCGUACUUGUGA